AUGGGCGACCAAGCCGGCCCCCAACCACCCUACCCCCUCCACCCCUCCGUGGUCCCACGGAUCGACCCGGUCUACGCCAACUUCUACAACGAGCACAUAGUAGACAAGCAGCAGGUCCACCUGCAGCCCGUCGAGGCCUCCCGCAGCAGCGGCGUGCUGAUCCCCGGCGCCGGCCCAAAAUACCCCGUCGCCAAGGCCGAGGACUUCUCCUUCCCGCGCACGCAGAGCAGCGGGCCGGACAUCAGGGUCAGGUGUUUCACGCCCGACAGCCCGAGGCCUGAACGGGGGUGGCCGUGCCUGUUCUACUUCCACGGCGGCGGCUGGGUGCUGGGCAACAUCGACACCGAGAAUGUCAUUGCGACGAACCUGUGCGGGCGGGCGAACUGUGUGGUGGUGAACGUGGACUACAGACUCGCACCGGAGAACCCCUAUCCCGCGGCAGUCGAGGACUCAUGGGAAGCCGUGCUAUGGGCGAUCAGCGGCGCAGGCAAGCACGUCCUGCCCCCAAUCGACACGGCCAGGCUCGCGACGGGCGGCUCCUCAGCCGGCGCGAACCUCGCGGCCAUCGUGUGCCAGCGGGCAGCAGCCCGGCCUGAGCUGGGGCUCCGCUUCGCCGCCCAGCUCCUUUCGGUGCCCGUGGCCGACAACACGGCGUCCCCGGCGACGAAGACGUCAUGGCGCGAGAACGAGAACGUCCCCGCCUUGCCAGCCGCCAAGAUGAUGUGGUACCGCCACCACUACCUGCCCAACCAGGCGGACUGGGCACACCCGGAGGCCAGCCCGCUGCUGUGGAAAGGCGACUGGACGCAGCUCCCGCCGGCGGAGGUCGUGCUUGGGGAGCUGGACGUGUUGAGGACCGAGGGCGAGGAGUUUGCGGAGAAGCUGGUCGAGGCGGGCAAGGCGAGUACCAGGGUUACUAUCAUGAAGGGUCAGCCACAUCCGUUCAUUGCCAUGGACGGGGUGUUGGACUGCGGGAAGUUGGCGAUCACUUUAUUUGUGGAGAGGCUGUUGAGGGCGUUUUACGUGGAAAAUUAG